GUCAACCAUGGCUAGUACUCUUCCUCUGUGUGCUUGUCUGGUUCUCGUCUUUUUCUUUGACAAAUCAAUCUCACAGACGCCUAGACUCCUUGGGAAAAUUUCGGCAAAACAUCCUGGAUUUUUAUCAUUAUUUGAAAAUGAUCCAAGAAAUCCUCAACCGGCGUCUCGAUACACGCUGCUCGCGGCGAGUUUCAACGGCAUACCUUUCUCCAAGGACUACGUCUACGGUGUGCCGAAAGUUGGGACGAUUCUGAACAAUCUGGCUGGUGCAUCUGCUAAAAUCCUGACUGAAAGUGUCACGUGGCCCAACGACAUUUCUGGUGUACCGGAAUAUGUCUUCGGACCUAACAUGGUUGCCAUACCGGACGGCUUCCUGGUUCCCUUUAAAAAGAAAGGUUCCAUCAGCAUCCUGAAUAUCACGUCUGACCCAGCUCAAGGCCCCUAUAAAAUAUCUGAUGACGAUGGAAAAACAGAGUGGUUCUACCAUAAAGUGAUCUGGAAAGAUAUGGACAAAGAUGGCCUCUUCGAUGCCGUUACGUGCAGGGCCACUGGGAAGGAACUUGGCGGAUUUGACGGCCAGUUAGUAUGGUUUAAAAAUCCCGGAGCGCCGUUUUUCCAGACCACGUGGGUCCCUCAUGUGAUUGCUAGUGGCCCGGAUGUGUACCUGACUCCAGCCGCACUUCCGAUCCCCGAUGGAGAACUGGAUACAAUUCUGAUACCAGGUUAUUUCUUUCGGCGCCUUUCCGUGUACUGGAUAGAGCCAAAUGGCACCUGGACAAACCCAGAUGUGGUAAAAUCUCGAGUGAUAGAUGACAACUUUGAGAUCGGUCCAUUUUUUGACGUUCAAGUGGCUGACGUUAAUGGCGAUGGGAAGUACGACUUACUGGCAACAAGUAGCAAUGAUCGCAAUGGCUCUCUCAUAGUGUACGAGUUGCCCGACGACUUCAGAACUGGGCAAUUUAAAAAGCACGUCAUCGCCAGUGGGUUUAAACCUAAAGGUUUUGGUAGAGGAAAGUCUUCACCAGGCUCGGCGUACGUCUUCCCCUCUGCAACAAACAACACCAGCCGGCCCUCCAUUUUUCUGUCUGGGGACGACAAUGGCAAGGCCUACAUACUGACUCCGACAUCAAGCGAGCCGAACAGCUGGGAUUACCAGAUGACCACGUUUUUGGAGGUCAGUUCCGGUCCCGUGGGAAGCAUCGUGUCUGCUGAUGUGGAUGGGGACAACUACAAAGAGGUGUUCGUGUCGGCUUAUGAGAAGGGCGAAAUCAACGUGUUCACUUUGAAGCCAUGAUAAGUGUUCUCCUGUGUACAGAUAAUAAGAUUUAGA